AUGUCAUUCGUGCUAACGGAAUUUCAACGUGGCCGCAUAGUCGGUGCUCGUGAGGCGGGUGCUACGAUUGCCGAGAUCUGUAAAUUGGUUGGAGUGUCGAAAGCUACGGUUUGCAGAGUUAUGCGAGAAUUUAUGAAAGGGAAAACAUCUCCGAAUAACAGCACAGAACGCAACAAGAAGUUGGACAGUCGAGGGCAGCGUUCACUGAAACGGAUUGUCAAAGCUGACAGGCGGAUUUCAGCUACUAAGGCUACUGUAGCGCUAAAUAACUGUCUAAAGCAAAGCAAGGAUCAGAAAGGUUUAUCCACCACCGACAUCCCUCAAACAGUUGAAAAGACUCUGAUUGAUGAGUGGCACAACAUACCGUUGGAGGAAAUUCGAAGAUUGUACGAAUCGAUUCCUAGGAGGAUUCAAGCGGUCCUUGCAGCUAAUGGUGGACCUACUCCGUACUAA